GCGGCCCCGCCCGAGCCGGCCGCCUCCCGGCGCGUGCAAACUAGUGGCAGUCGGUGCGGCUCGGCUGCCGCCCUGUCGCUCCCGGUGCCUCCCGCAUGUCAAGGUCCCGCGGCGCCAGGUUGUCUUCUGGAUUUUGGGUCUGAAGGUACCCUCUUACUUUCUCAGCAAAUCAUGGACAUCGUUGGCUUUCUGAAGUCUCAAUUCAUUUGCCACCUUCUGAUCUGCUACAUAUUUAUAGUGUCAGGACUGAUCAUUAACUUCAUUCAACUUUUUACACUUAUACUUUGGCCAAUCAACAAGCAACUGUUCAGGAGGAUCAACUGCAGGCUGUCUUACUGCAUUUCAAGCCAGAUGGUGAUGUUACUGGAAUGGUGGUCAGGCACCAAUUGCACCCUCUACACUGACCCACAGAGUUACCCCAAGUAUGGGAAGGAGAAUGCCAUCGUAAUCCUUAAUCACAACUUUGAAAUCGACUUUCUCUGUGGUUGGAACUUUUGUGAAAGAUUUGGGGUCUUGGGGAGUGCCAAAGUGCUUGCAAAGAAGGAGCUCUCCUACAUGCCCAUCAUUGGCUGGAUGUGGUAUUUCUUAGAGAUAGUCUUCUGCAAGCGUAAGUGGGAGGAAGAUCGGAAAACAGUCAUACAGAAGUUGCUGAAUCUCCGGGACUACCCUGAAAACUUUUGGUUCCUAAUUCAUUGCGAGGGCACAAGGUUCACAGAACAGAAGCACCAGAUUAGCAUGCAGGUAGCUGAAGCCAAAGGCCUGCCCAAGCUCAAAUACCACCUACUGCCACGAACGAAAGGAUUUGCAGUCACCGUGCAGUGUUUGAGAAAUGGUUCAAGAAGAAGCACAGAGUCACAACUUCUCAUAGUUUUUGUUGAAAAAACAUACCUGAGGGAAACAGCUGAUGACCCCAGACUGGUGUUGCAGAAUCUACUGGUUUCUGCAGUCUAUGAUUCUACUCUCAAUUUUAGAAAUAACGAGAAUCCAACAUUGCUGGGUGUUCUAAAUGGAAAGAAAUAUCAUGCAGAUUUGUAUGUAAGGCGGAUUCCACUAGAGGAAGUCCCAGAAGAUGAGCAGGAAUGUUCUAACUGGCUUCACAAGCUGUAUCAAGAAAAGGAUGCAUUCCAGGAAGAAUACUACCGAACAGGAGCCUACCCAGCAGUCCCCAUAGUACCACCCCGACGACCAUGGACGCUUUUGAACUGGCUUUUCUGGGCCUUAUUGCUGCUAUAUCCCUUAUUCAAGCUGCUCAUCAACAUGAUCAGCAGUGGAUCAUCAUUGACACUGGCUAGUUUUGCAUUUGUCAUUGUAAUGGCUUCUGUCGGUGUCAGAUGGAUGAUAGGCGUUACAGAAAUUAACAGGGGUUCCACCUAUGGCAACAAUGACAACAAGCAGAAACGAAAGUAGUAUCUUCAGAGACUGCUUCAAUCCAAAGGGAACAAAUCCAACUUCUGAAAACUCUUAAGUGUGUAUCAUGGUCCUUCAAGUGAGAAAAGAGGAAGGGUAGGAUGAGCAAUUGCCAUGCAUAUCUGAAUUUGUGCUCCUGUUAUUUUUCUCUGGGGGUUUGGGCUGGAUGACACACUUGAAAGAUGCACUCCUUUGUCCACUUGCCACAGCGAGUUUGCAUUUGUUUGGUUGGUUUGUUUCCCUAUAAACUGUCUUGAGUUUCGAAGAAGAAAAAAAAGUAAUUCCAGUGUACUUUAUGAUGAGAGAUUACCUGGAAACUAACCAGAGGUGCAGGCUUUAUCUUUCCUAACUUGCUCUAAGGAAUGGACAAAUGUCAGAAGACUGUUACAAGAUGAUUAAAAUUGGUAGUUGUCUAGCUCACACGUUAACAGUUUAACAAUCAUAAUCUGUGUUUAAAUACAGUAAGAGGCUCUGCUUGGUUAUACCAGCACUAGACUGAAGCAGCUCUGCUGAACUGAGAAAAUUGCAAGUAGAGGUUUUUCUACAUCUAGAACUUACUCCCAUAGUGGGCACCACAUGGGGCUUUUGAAACCUCAGCCAGAUCCCAGACUUCCCAACAUCGGAGUCCUGCAGUGGCAUAACCUGGAGUGGCAUUUCGCCUUGGGGCCAUUUGCAGAGCUAAGAGUUACCCACUGCCACGUCUUUCCCCAGGUGAUAUAUCAGAGGGACAGCUGAAACCUGUAAUUCUUUUGUGAGUAAAUAAAUGCCAUUUAUAGUUUGAAAAAAUUGAGGUACUAAAAUUCUUUUCAUCUUUAAACACUGAUAAAAAUUCCAGGCCUUUCUAACAGUGGAGAAAACAGAACAACUGGGUAUGCUGUAACUAAGUAAUGCAAAGCACAUUGAAAGUUACGCCCCCACACCCCUACUACUGUUGUGAUCCCAGUUAAUCUGCUUGUCUGUCAUUUUUGGUAAGUUAGUUUACACAGUACCUCGUAAUAGUCAGCCUGAGGUAACAGCUAAAUUAUCUUUUGCUUUUCUUUUUGGGAGAAGAGGGGAAGUAGUAGCCAGACCUAGGAUAGCGGCAGUGCUUGGGACUUUUUUAUGGACUUUGACACCCUUCUCAAUUAAAUAAAACUAGGAUUGAGCUCCUUGGGAAACCUGUGUUGCUCUGAUGCCCCAGGGCAGCCUUCUCCUGGUUUUGAACUUUAGGAGUUAUGGGUAUACAAGUUACUAAAAAGAACUCAUUAAAAAAAAAAAAAAAGAAAAAAGGAAAAGCGCAGACUUCAGCUACUGGUAAUUAUGAUUUUAAAAACUCCAAGUAUCUGAAAUCUAAAGAUACAGAUGCCGAGCAGGGGCAAUUAGGAUUGGCACUUUCAAUGACGGUAUAUUUUCAUUGUGCAUAGGACUAAACCAUGAUAGACUAGGAGUGAACAGCCUGUGUGAGUCCAGAGAAGAAAGUCUUAGUUCUAGCAGUUGAUACUAAAAACACUUCUCUUUCCCUACAGUAAAACAGAGGCCAGAAGAAAUGGGGGCUAAUACAACACCAUAUGAAUCAUUCCAUGAAAUACGCAUUUGCUCUUCAUAUGUCAGACCAUCUUGAAAUUACUGUCUUUAAUAUGCAGCACCUAAAGAGCAGGUGCAGUAGUGCUUUUAGCAUGGGGCAGAAAGUAAAGAUUUUUGAUAAUGGAAGCAAUAAAAAGUAUAAUGUGACGGAAGGAACAGGCCUUGGGACAUGUGAGGGACUCCUUCUGGGGGCUUUUUUCCCCGUCUUGUGUACACAGGCAUACCCUGUGCUCUGAAACUUUCUGGAAGAAGUGUAUGAGAUCAUGAACAUAAACAUGGGCUUUAGUGCAGUUUUUCUAGCACAGGAGAUAGAGCCCAAAAUCAGAAAAUACUGCCAUGCUUAUAAAGCUGUUCUUUUAAUCCUGACAGUGGAAAACUGAGUAUUACAGCCUGUAGUAGUGUCUGACAAUCCAGCUACCCCACAGUAAUACAGCGGGCCAUGUUACAGAGCCAGGCCUGAAGACACUGUACACAAGACACUGAACAUGGGUGGGACGGGAGAGAAGAGCAUUCUCCAAGCUAGUGUUUUACUAUAACUCUUACCUGGCAGAUACAGUGGACUUGUAUCAGGAUUAAAGAAUGACCCCGUAUGCAGAGCGAGUAAUUCUGAGCAGCAAAUACAUAUUCAUGCAGUGACAAAGAGUAGCUUUUUGCCUUUUUCAAGAGCCACUGAUGAAACAUGCUGGCAGGGUGACAUUGAACAUUCCUUAUGACUCUUAGUCCCUUCCUCUCCAACUGCAUGUAGUGCCACUUCUCCCAGAGGAAAAUACCAACCAUGUAAAUACUUCUGAGAAAGUAUUUAGGCUAUUCCUUAUCUAGUUCCCUGGGACAUACCGCUCCUGGAUCCAUCCUCCUAAACACUUGUGGCAGUCCCAGCACCCAAGGACUGCAGCACUGGGCCCUGUCAGCAUCUACUGGCAAACAGAGCAAGAGUACGGGAACUUGCCAAAGUAGUUAGUUAUACUAGUCCAGUUCACUGUAUUAAAAGAAUGACAUAUGUCAUCAGGAAGCAGUGUUUGCCCCAUGUCCCUACAAGCAACUAUAUGUUCUACAACUGCCUUAACAAAA